CCGGAGCUCAGCUGGUCCGCCCGGCGCGUCCAGGGCUUCUCCUCCCCGCUUCCCCGGCUCGUCCAGGGCUUCUCCUCCCCGCUUCCCCGGCUCGUCCAGGGCUUCUCCUCCCCGCUUCCCCGGCUCGUCCAGGGCUUCUCCUCCCCGCUUCCCCGGCUCGUCCAGGACUUCUCCUUCCCGCUUCCCCGGCUCGGCGCGCUCCCGGGAGUGAGCCUGCUCCCUCCUCCAUGGCGUCGCUCCUGUGCUGUGGGCCGAAGCUGGCCGCCUGCGGUAUCGUCCUCAGCGCCUGGGGAGUGAUCAUGUUGAUAAUGCUGGGGAUAUUUUUCAAUGUCCAUUCCGCCGUGUUGAUUGAGGACGUUCCCUUCACAGAGAAAGAUUUUGAGAACGGCCCCCAGAACAUAUACAACCUGUACGAGCAAGUCAGCUACAACUGCUUCAUCGCCGCCGGCCUCUACCUGCUGCUCGGCGGGUUCUCCUUCUGCCAAGUCCGGCUCAACAAGCGCAAGGAGUACAUGGUGCGCUAAGAGCGCGGGCGCCAUGCACCCUCCCCACCACCCCCGGCCCUGUAUUUAUAAAGCCCUCCCUGGCUUCCUCCAGCGUUGUCCACUACCCCAAUAAACACAGCUGGCCUCCCCCUGCA